CGGCUGGCAGCUCAGGCUCAGGACCUCGCUAUUGGGCAGCUUCGGUUGCAGCGCCCUGGCCGGGGUCGGAAUCGAGGUCGCCCAGGAGGGGCUGCUGGCGGGGACCCGGGCCCCUCGAGGCCCGGCGGAAACGAGGUUUGGAGUUGGAGGCUUCAGACGCGGCCCAAGCUGCUGGAGCUCUGAGCUGAAGCUGGGAAGGGGAGCAGGUGAGGCCCGGGCCUUGUGCCGAUGGCCAGCGGGUGGCUUGGCCCGCAGGGGCUGCUGAGCUGGCUCUGCGUGCUGCUGAUGGCAGAGACGGCGUCGGGGACCAGGAGCCUGUCCAUGGGGACUCCCCAGUUUCCAGUUGCAGGUGUUGGUGGGAUACCCAUGGUGGAUUGCCGCAGCGUGUACAACGCCUCUGACCGCUGCAACUUCGUCCGCUCCAACCCCGACUGCCGCAGCUACGGCGGCUACCUGGACUACCUCGAGGGCCUCUUCUGCCACUUCUCGCCCCGCCUCCUGCCGCUGGCCAUCACCCUCUACGUUCUGUGGCUACUGUACCUGUUUCUGGUCCUGGGAGUCACCGCAGCCAAGUUCUUCUGUCCCAACCUGUCAGCCAUCGCCACCACGCUCAAGCUGUCCCACAACGUGGCAGGUGUCACCUUCCUGGCCUUUGGCAAUGGCGCCCCUGACAUCUUCAGCGCACUGGUGGCUUUCUCCGACCCACGCACGGCCAGCCUGGCCAUCGGGGCUCUGUUCGGUGCCGGCGUGCUGGUCACCACCGUGGUGGCCGGGGGCAUCGCCAUCCUGCGCCCUUUCGAGGCUGCCUCCAGGCCCUUUCUCAGGGACAUCGCUUUCUACAUGACGGCUGUGUUCCUCACUUUCAUGGCACUCUACCUGGGUCGGGUCACGCUGGCCUGGGCUCUGGCCUGCCUGGGCCUGUACGUGUUCUAUGUGCUCACCGUGGUCCUCUGCACCUGGAUCUACCAAUGGCAGCGCAGGAGAUCCCUGGUCUUCUCCACGCCGGGGACACCAGAGCUGCUGUCAGACUCAGACGAGGAUCACAUGUCUUCAAACACCAACAGCUACGACUAUGGUGACGAGUACCGGCCACUAUUCUCCUACCAGGAGACUACACUGCAGACCCUGGCCCGGGCCCUAAAUCCCCUGGAUUACCGGAGAUGGAGAAGCCAGUCAGUGUCCUGGAGGGUCCUCAAGGUGCUCAAGCUGCCUGUGGAGUUCCUGUUGCUCCUCACUGUGCCUGUCGUGGACCCGGACAAGGACGACCGGAACUGGAAUCGGCCACUCAACUGUCUGCACCUGGUCGUCAGCCCCCUGGUCGUGGUCCUGACACUACAGUCGGGGGCCUAUGGCCUCUAUGAGAUCGGCGGCCUCCUGCCUGUCUGGGCUGUGGUGGUAAUUGCUGGCACCGGCCUGGCAUCUGUGACCUUUUUUGCCACCUCCAACAGGAACCCCCCCAGGCUCCACUGGCUCUUUGCUUUCCUGGGCUUCCUGACCAGUGCCCUGUGGAUCAACGCGGCUGCCACGGAGGUGGUGAACAUCUUGCGGUCCCUGGGUGUGGUCUUCCAGCUGAGCAACACGGUCCUGGGGCUCACGCUGCUGGCCUGGGGGAACAGCAUUGGAGAUGCCUUCUCAGACUUCACGCUGGCCCGCCAGGGCUACCCGCGGAUGGCCUUCUCGGCCUGCUUCGGUGGCAUCAUCUUCAAUAUGCUGGUGGGCGUGGGGCUGGGCUGCCUGCUGCAGAUGGCCCGGGGCAGCGCCGAGGUCAAGCUGGAGCCCGAUGGGCUGCUGGGCUGGGUGCUGGCUGGCGCCCUGGGGCUCAGCCUAGCCUUCUCCCUGGUCACCGUCCCGCUGCAGUGCUUCCAGCUGAGCAAGGCCUACGGCAUCUGUCUGCUGCUCUUCUACACCACCUUCCUUGUUGUGGCCCUGCUCACAGAAUUCGGGGUGAUUCACCUGAAAACUGUGUGACUGAGAAUCUGGUAUGUGGUUGUGACACUGACGGGGUCCCAGUGGCCUCCUGAGGGGAGGGCAGGACGCCUUCUGCAGUAUCUCUCACUGCCACAGCUCAGGAGACAGCGCCAAUGCUGAGGACCUGCUUGGAGGGGAUGUAGGCCCAUGGGGCUGAGCCCCUCUGGAAGCUGGGGCUUGGGGCUGCUGGAUGCACGCAGGCAGCAGGUAGCUACAGAGGUCAGCCCUGCUGUCUCUCGCUUGUGUCUGGCUGCCUGCACCUCCCCGGGCUGACGGCCGUGUGACCCUGGCAGGCAGGGGGACUCGUACAGCAGGCUCAGGAUGAGCUCUAGAUCCGUACAGGAGGUGGAAAGCAGGCAGACCCACCUCGCUGAGAACCUGCAGCUGCCAUGCUCAGAAAGCCAGAAGGAAUGGAGAUGGACAGUGAUCCAUGUUGCUGGACCCAAUGGCCCUGAGACCUCUCGCUGGGCAGCCACGUGACUGGACAGUGGCUCUCGACUGUCCUUAGGACUCUGCCCAGGACCCCAGGGUCCCCCGCUGCAGCACAGGAGUCUGCUUACCUCAGGGUGCAGGGUAGGGUCCCCGCCUUCCAAUACCUAGCUCUUGUUUGCCUUCUGCCAUCCCUGAAGGGAUUCAGCAUUUUCUAAAUAAAGAUGAAGUAUUUCAAGUGUACAGGCAGUGGCUGC